CAAUGCGAAUGAGUGGUGCGUGCGUGCGUGCGUGCGUGUCUUGCCUGUAGUGGUUGUCUCUGUGUAAGAAUGCAUGUUUGCCUGUGAUUUAUUAAAUAAGCCCGCAUCUGUUUGACAUAAAUCACGUUUGAGCGAGCCGGUGUUUUGCCCACGACGUUUUAAUCAUGGGUGUCCGGAGUUACAACGAAGAGCUCUCGUUUCUUGAGAAGGUUUCUCCUGUCUCGUGGAAAAUAAAGAAGGGCUUCGUACCGAACAUGAAAGUUGAAGGUAUCUUUUAUGUCAACAAGCUACUAGAAAAUUUAAUGUUCGAAGAACUUCGCAACUCGUGCCGUCCUGGUAACAUAGGCGGCUUCUUGCCUGGUGUUAAGCAAAUCGGAAAUGUCGCUGCCCUGCCAGGAAUUGUUGGGCAUUCCAUAGGACUUCCAGACAUUCACUCGGGCUAUGGAUUUGCCAUUGGCAACAUGGCAGCCUUUGACAUGAAUGACCCCAAGGCUAUUGUUUCUCCUGGCGGUGUCGGCUUCGACAUCAACUGCGGAGUCCGACUUCUUCGAACUAAUCUUAUGGAGAAGGACGUCCUUCCGAUCAAAGAACAACUGGCUCAGAGUAUGUUUGAUCAUAUCCCUGUUGGUGUAGGGUCCAAAGGAAUUAUCCCUAUGAACGCUAGGGACUUAGAAGAGGCACUGGAAAUGGGUAUGGACUGGUCAUUAAGAGAAGGCUACGCAUGGGCGGAAGACAAGGAACACUGCGAAGAAUAUGGGCGCAUGCUAAACGCUGACCCAGCUAAAGUAUCCAUGAAGGCCAAAAAGAGAGGACUUCCACAGCUAGGUACACUCGGUGCAGGCAACCACUACGCCGAAAUACAAGUCGUUGACGAGAUAUUCGAGAAGAACAACGCCAGCAAAAUGGGCAUCGAGCGCUGCGGCCAAGUUUGCGUCAUGAUUCACAGUGGCAGUCGAGGUUUCGGCCACCAGGUGGCGACAGAUGCCCUGGUUGCCAUGGAAAAGGCCAUGAAGAGAGACAACAUUGAAGUGAAUGACAGGCAGCUUGCAUGUGCCAUGAUUAAGUCUCAGGAAGGACAGGAUUACCUCAAGUCGAUGGCAGCAGCUGCAAACUUUGCCUGGGUCAAUCGUAGCAGCAUGACCUUCCUUAGCAGACAGGCCUUUGCAAAGGCGUACAACACGACACCAGACGAUCUAGACAUGCACGUGAUUUACGACGUCUCGCACAACAUUGCCAAGAUGGAGCAACACAUGGUAGAUGGGAAGCUUCGCACACUCCUCGUCCAUCGCAAGGGGUCGACGCGCGCCUUUCCACCUCAUCACCCUCUCAUUCCCGUUGACUAUCAGUUGACUGGACAACCAGUCCUCAUCGGUGGAACCAUGGGAACCUGCAGCUAUGUCCUCACGGGAACUGAACAGGGCAUGAACGCCACGUUCGGCACCACGUGCCACGGUGCCGGCCGUGCCCUCUCGCGGGCCAAGUCUCGUCGCAACAUCAGCUACCAAGACGUGCUGGACAAGAUGAGCGAGAUGGGGAUCUCGAUCCGUGUCGCUUCCCCGAAGCUGGUCAUGGAGGAAGCUCCGGAAUCUUACAAGAAUGUGACGGACGUUGUGAACACUUGCCACGAAGCUGGGAUCAGCAAGAAAUGCAUAAAGCUUAGACCAAUUGCUGUUAUCAAGGGAUGAGUGCUACGGUAUAUGUGUGUGUGUGCUGGAAAGAGGUGGUAACUGUUACGGGCUGAGCAUCAGUGCACAUUUAUUUGAUACCCUUUUGUUGUCUUUCUUUUUUUUUUUCCGUGUUCCAUUUUGAGUAAGGAUUGGCACUGAAGUGCUGGUGUAUAUUUAUUUUGUUUGCUUUUAAUGGAACUAGGCAAACACUCGCAAGUUUUCGAUGUCCAAGAAUGAAUGGAGGAGUGUCCCUAAAAGAGUUAUAAGUGACUCCCUCUAUCUGAUUGAAACUCCUCGCAUUUCUCAUAUUUAUGUUUCAAGAUCGGAAAUAAAAAGAAACGUCGUGCGUAA